CGUACUGUCACUUCGUCGUCUUCCGGAAACACACAAAUUACCUGAAUCGAUGGCCAUCAGACAGGAAAUUUGCAUGGAAGAGAGAGAGAGAGAGAGAGAGAGAGAGCAGAGACCUUCAAAUCUGAGCUCCCAACGUAGCCUAUUGGAUAGCGCGAGAUGAGCAUUUAUUGGGAGGACUAUUAUUCCUCCCACCUUCGUCCUGGUCCUUCUUGCUUUAUAUAAACAACAGCGGCAGCCGUUGGGAUGGGACUAGCGAGAACGCCAUGGAGCCUGACGAGCAGAGCUUCUUCGACGAGCUGCUCUCCUUCCGCAGCGAUCCAUGGGAAGGCACCUUCUUCGAGCCUGCUCAAAUAGACACCACCGCCUUUGACUGUUUCUCUCAGAGCGCCGCCGCGCUCCUCCCGCCCUGUGCCGGUGUGUCGGUGGGCGCCGGCUGCCAGUAUGGCUACUUCAGAGACGUCCACUGCCCGACCGACUCUGGUUAUUCUCGCGCGCCGGAGGUCCAGCACUCCUCCUCCGUCCGGUCGGCGCUCGAUGGCGCCGAGCUCGGCAAGAGCGCGUGCAAGUUGGAGGUGCCGCCUUCGGAGUUCGGGCUGAGGAAGGCGAGGAAGAAGAAGUUCGAAGGUGUGCCGUCGAAGAAUUUAAUGGCGGAGCGGCGGAGGAGGAAGAGGCUCAAUGACCGGCUCUCGAUGCUCAGAUCUAUCGUCCCUAGGAUUAGCAAGCAGAUGGACAGGACGUCCAUUCUCGGCGACACCGUCGAUUACGUGAAGGAGCUGCUCGAUAAGCUCAAGCGCUUGCGAGAAGAGAUCGAUCUCACUCCGGAGCAAGCCAAUCUACUGAGCACCUUAAACUCGAGAGAGGUUUCGUUCGAGGUGGAAAGAAGAGCCAACGAUACACGGAUUGGAAUCUGCUGCGCCGCCAAGCCAGGCCUCCUGCUGUCGACGCUGAGCACCCUGGAAGUGCUUGGACUGGAGAUCCAACAGUGUGUGCUGAGUUGCUUCAAUGACUUCGGAAUGCAGGCAUCUUGCUCCGAGGUGAUCGGGUCGAGCUUGUAGGAGACGGGUCAGAGGACAGUUAAUAGCGCUGAAGACAUCAAGCAGGCACUCUUCAAAAAUGCAGGAUACGGAGAAAGAUGCCUGUAGAGAUGAACCAAAGAAACGUUUACCCUGUUGGUCGAAUUUAUGGAAGUUCAUCUGCUUCAAUGUGUUAACGAGGGUUAAUUAAUGUAAUGCAGAGUCCUUAAGAUCAUGGAAAUUUUAUUGAAUUUUUAAUCUCGAGGAAUAUAAUUUGUCUUUGUUGUGAAA